CUAUAUAAGUAGAUAACGUCAUUGGUCGGGCGAGAGAGAAAUAAUGUGGGGGCGAUCGGCUUCCUUCCUUCUUGAGGAGCGCCAACGCUUCUACCCCGACUCCGCCACCGCCACCGCCACCGCCACCACGGACGCCAACCCUAACCCUAGUUCGGGUGGCAGCGGCGUCUCCGCCUACUACCAGACGCGGGCGGACCACCACGCCGUCGUCAGCAGCGACUGGCUGGCCCAGGCCGAGGCUGCUGUCGACCGCGAUGCGUUCCUCUCGUCGGGCAGGCCACCUGCCUCAUCCUCCUCCUCCUCCAUUCCUUUCAGCGUCAUUGACGAAUUCAACCACUGGCGGAAGAAGCCGGACCUGGCGGAAGCCGUCGCCGCCAUCAUGGCCCUCUCCGCUGUCAUCCGCUCCAGCGAGGCUACGACCAUGAUGGAGCUGGAGAUUGAACUCAAUAAGGCCUCCGACACGUUGAAGUCAUGGGACACAACUUCUAUAUCAUUGUCAGCUGGUUGUGAUCUGUUCAUGCGCUAUGUAACUCGAACUUCUGCUCUAGAAUAUGAGAACUUUUAUGCUGCAAAGCUUCGGUUGAUUGAGCGUGGAGAAAAGUUUGGAGAGAUCUCCAUGAAAGCUCGCCGCACAAUUGCAAUGCUUGCUCAGGAAUUUAUAUUUGAUGGUUGCACAAUUUUGGUUCAUGGUUUUUCAAGAGUAGUAUUGGAAGUGCUUAAGCUUGCAGCAUCAAAUAAAAAACUAUUCAAAGUCUUUUGCACAGAGGGAAGACCUGAUAGGACAGGACUAAGGUUGUCGAAGGAACUUGCAGCGCUGGACAUUCCAGUAAAGCUUCUGCUUGAUUCUGCAGUGGCAUACACAAUGGAUGAGGUUGACAUGGUUUUUGUUGGAGCUGAUGGGGUGGUUGAAAGUGGAGGCAUAAUUAACAUGAUGGGGACAUAUCAAACUGCACUUGUGGCUCACAGCAUGAACAAGCCUGUUUAUGUGGCUGCCGAAAGUUACAAGUUUGCACGUUUGUAUCCAUUGGACCAAAAAGAUCUUGAAACUGCACUUCGACCGAUAGACUUUGGCGUUCCUGUUCCACCUGAUGUUGAAGUUGAAACAUCAGCAAGGGAUUACACACCACCUCAGUUCCUCACGCUGCUGUUCACUGACCUUGGUGUUCUUACUCCAUCCGUGGUUAGUGAUGAGCUGAUUCAACUCUACCUCUAAAACUUAUCAUUUGAGCAAGUUAUUACAGCUGUUUUUACUUCAAGCAUAUUGAAGCCAUAGGAACUAAUAUAUACAUUGUGAAGUUGUUGAAACAACAAAUUUUGUAGUCUUCGUGUUUUGUUGAAUCGAUAUACCAAGAGUUAGCGAUCCUUUAGUUU